GUCAGCAGCGCCUCAGCUUCAGGCGACCCCGCGCGGCUGCGAGCGGCCCUACAGGAUAGGUACCGUUAGUCCCUCGCCGCGCGCCGUAGCACCGGCGCUGCUACUUCCUGUGCCCGUGGACCCGGAUGUGCCGAGCGGCUGCGGCGCGCUCGAGCCUCCCGGCUGUCCUGACGCGGCGGAGCGCGGCUUUUGCUCGCGGUGCAAGCGAACGGGAUAGCGUCAGCGGGGGAACAGUACAUUGGAUAGAAAAGGGAGGUGAUAAUGCACCAUGGCAGUGGUCCUCAGAAUGUCCAACAUCAGCUGCAGAGGUCUAGGUCCUUCACUGGGAGUGAAGAGGAGCAGCCAGCCCAUCCCAACUUACCCCCAUCUCCUGCAGCGCCUUUCGCUCCAUCAGCCAGUCCAUCUGCACCCCAAUCCCCUGGGUACCAGAUACAGCAGCUGAUGAGCAGAAGUCCUGUGGCCGGGCAGAAUGUGAACAUCACACUGCAGAAUGUUGGCCCAGUUGUGGGAGGAAACCAGCAGAUCACACUGGCCCCCCUGCCACUGCCCAACCCCACUUCUCCAGGUUUUCAGUUUGGUGCCCAGCAAAGGCGCUUUGAGCAUGGCUCUCCAUCAUACAUUCAAGUUACUUCUCCGAUGUCGCAGCAGGUCCAGACUCAAAGCCCCACACAGCCUAGCCCUGGGCCAGGGCAAACCCUGCAGAAUGUGCGUGCAGGUGCUCCAGGUCCUGGGCUGGGCAUAUGCAGCAACAGCCCCACUGGAGGCUUUGUGGAUGCCAGUGUGCUUGUGAGGCAGAUCAGCUUGAGUCCAUCAAGUGGUGGUCACUUUGUAUUUCAGGAGGCACCAGGCCUGACUCAGAUGGCCCAGGGAGCCCAGGUUCAACUCCAGCAUUCAGGAGCUCCCAUCACUGUCCGAGAACGGAGACUCUCCCAACCUCAUGCACAGUCGGGAGGCACCAUCCACCAUCUAGGGCCUCAGAGCCCUGCAGCUGCAGGAGGCACUGGACUUCAACCUCUGGCCAGCCCAAACCACAUCACCACGGCCAGCCUGCCACCCCAGAUCAGCAGCAUUAUUCAGGGCCAGUUGAUACAGCAACAGCAGCAGGUGCUUCAGGGACAGCCAAUGAACCGAUCUCUGGGAUUUGAGAGGACACCUGGUGUGCUGCUUCCUGGCGUGGGAGGGCCUUCAGCAUUUGGGAUGACAUCCCCACCACCACCCACCAGCCCUUCCAGAACCACCAUGCCUCCAGGCCUUUCCAGUGUGCCUCUUACAUCUAUGGGAAGCUCAGGAAUGAAGAAGGUUCCCAAGAAGUUGGAGGAGAUCCCCCCAGCCUCCCAAGAGAUGGCACAGAUGAGGAAGCAGUGUCUGGACUACCACUACAAGGAAAUGGAGGCACUCAAGGAAGUCUUCAAGGAGUACCUGAUUGAACUGUUCUUCUUGCAACAUCUACAGGGAAACAUGAUGGAUUUCUUGGCUUUUAAAAAGAAGCACUAUGCCCCUUUACAAGCGUAUCUUAGGCAGAAUGAUUUGGACAUUGAAGAGGAGGAGGAGGAAGAGGAAGAGGAGGAAGGAAAAUCUGAAGUUAUCAACGAUGAGCACCAAUCCCUGACUGGGAGCCUAGUGGUGGGGCCUGGCAGUGCCACAGAAGCCGACCCCUUUAAGAGGCAACAGGUGAUGCCACCCACAGAGCAGUCUAAGAGACCUCGUCUUGAAGUGGGUCAUCCAGGGGUAGUUUUCCAGCAUCCAGGGGUGAAUGCAGGAGUCCCUCUGCAGCAGUUAAUGCCAACAGUCCAAGGAGGGAUGCCCCCAACUCCUCAGGCCACACAGCUCACUGGACAGAAGCAGAGUCAGCAGCAGUACGACCCUUCCACAGGGCCUCCUGUGCAGAACGCCGCCAGCUUGCAUACCCCACCACCACAGCUUCCUGCGAGGCUGCCUCCGGCCAGUGUCCCAGCCACAGCCCUCCCUUCCACCUUACAGUUUUCACAGCAGUCACAGAUGGUGGAGGCUUCAACUCAGCUCCAAAUCCCUGUGAAGACUCAACAGCUAAAUGCCCCCAUCCCUGCCCCCCUGCCCAGCCAGCUCCCUGCUCCUUCUUCACAGCCCGCCCAGCCGGCCCUACAUGUUCCGAUGCCCGGGAAGGCGCAGAUGCAGACAUCUCAGCUUUCCUCCCAGACCCAGACAGUGGCAUCGACCAGGCCCCCCUUGGACUCUGCCCAGCCCUGCCAGCGGUCUCUGCCCACUUCCUCCUCUUCCUCAUCCCUUGUACCUGUGAGUGGCUCAGGUCCUGGACCCUCACCUGCUCGUUCUUCACCAGUGAACAGACCCUCUUCUGCUACCAACAAGGCUCUGUCUCCCAUCACUUCUCGGUCUCCAGGGGUGGCAGUAUCAGCUCCUCCUAAGCCACAGAGUCCUGCUCAGAAUGCAGCCUCAUCCCAGGACGGUUCUCAGGAUAAACUGGCAGAACAAAUAACACUGGAAAACCAGAUCCAUCAGCGAAUAGCAGAUUUAAGGAAGGAAGGCUUGUGGUCCCUAAGGCGGUUGCCAAAGCUUCAAGAGGCCCCACGCCCGAAAUCUCACUGGGACUAUUUGCUGGAAGAGAUGCAGUGGAUGGCCACAGACUUUGCUCAAGAGCGGAGGUGGAAGUUGGCUGCUGCUAAGAAGCUUGUCAGAACUGUAGCCCGGCAUCAUGAGGAAAAGAAACUUCGUGAGGAAAGAGGGAAGAAGGAAGAACAGAGCAGACUGAGGCGCAUUGCUGCCACUACUGCCAGAGAAAUAGAAUAUUUUUGGUCAAAUAUUGAACAGGUUGUGGAAAUAAAAUUACAAGUAGAAUUAGAAGAGAAAAGAAAAAAAGCCUUAAAUUUACAGAAAGUUUCCAGAAGAGGUAAAGAGUCCAGAUUAAAGGGAUUUGAUACAUCACCAGAACACUCUCUGGAUCUAGGAAUAUCUGGAAGGAAAAGAAAAGCUAGCACAUCUUUGACUGAUGAUGAAGUGGAAGAUGAAGAAGAGACCAUUGAAGAGGAGGAAGCACACGAAGGGCUUGUAGACCACCACACAGAACUUACUAAUCUGGCCAAAGAAGCUGAGUUGCCCUUAAUCGAUUUGAUGAAGUUGUAUGAAGGUGCCUUUCUGCCAAAUUUUCAGUGGCCACAGCCUGAACCUGAUCAUGAAGAGUCAAGUGGGGAAGAAGAUGUAGAAGACUGUCCUAGUGACAGGGAGAGCCGGAGGGACUCCGUUCUCAUUGACUCACUCUUCAUCAUGGAUCAGUUUAAAGCUGCAGAGAGAAUGAGCAUUGGAAAAUCCAACACCAAGGACAUCACAGAAGUUACUGCUGUGGCUGAAGCCAUCCUCCCUAAGGGCAGUGCCCGAGUCACAACUGCGGUGAAGUUUAGUGCUCCAUCUUUGUUGUAUGGUGCUCUCCGAGACUAUCAGAAGAUAGGCCUGGACUGGUUGGCCAAGCUAUACCGGAAGAAUCUCAAUGGCAUAUUGGCUGAUGAAGCAGGGCUUGGGAAAACUGUGCAGAUCAUUGCUUUUUUUGCUCACCUUGCCUGUAAUGAAGGUAACUGGGGCCCUCAUCUUGUUGUCAUGAGGAGUUGUAACAUACUCAAGUGGGAACUCGAGUUGAAACGCUGGUGUCCUGGCCUCAAAACUCUUUCUUAUGUUGGCAGCCACAGAGAACUCAAAGCAAAGAGACAGGAGUGGACCGAGCCCAAUAACUUCCACAUCUGCAUCACGUCCUAUAAGCAGUUCUUCAGGGGCUACACUGCCUUCUCAAGGGUGCACUGGAAAUGCCUUGUUGUUGACGAAAUGCAGAGGGUGAAGGGCAUGACUGAGCGGCACUGGGAAGCCAUCUUCAAGCUGCAGAGCCAGCAGCGCCUGCUUCUGAUCGAUGUUCCUCUGCACAACACUUUCCUGGAGCUCUGGACCAUGGUGCACUUCCUCAUUCCUGGGAUCUCCAGGCCUUAUCUGAGCUUUCCUCUGAAAGCCCCCAAUGAGGAAAACCAGGAUUACUAUCACAAAAUGGUCAUAAGGUUACACAGGGUCACACAGCCAUUUAUUUUGAGGAGAACCAAGAGAGAUGUGGAGAAACAGCUAACCAGGAAAUAUGAGCAUGUUCUGAAGUGCCGCCUUUCCAGUCGUCAGAAGGCCUUAUAUGAGGAUGUCAUCCUACAGCCUAGGACUCAGGAAGCUCUGAAGAGUGGACAUUUUGUCAGUGUCUUGAGUGUUCUGACACGGCUACAGCGAAUCUGCAACCAUCCUGGACUAGUAGAGCCACGGGUACCAGGCUCCUCCUUUGCAGCAGGCUCUCUGCAGUAUAAGUCAGCCUCUCUAAUUCUCAGAGUUCUGGAGAGAGAGUUCUGGAAGGAAACCGACCUUUCUAUAUUUGAUCUCAUUGGGCUAGAAAAUAAAAUCACUCGCCAUGAAGCUGAAUUACUGUGUAAGAAAAAAGUGACUCGGAAACUCAUGGAGGAAGUCUUUGCUUCACCUCCUCCGUCAGCCCGACCAGCAGCAGUGAAGCUCAAGGCCAGCAGGUUAUUUCAGCCUGUGCAAUAUGGCCAGAAGCCUGAGGGUCGCACUGUGGCAUUCCCCAGCACACAUCCACCUCGGAUGGCAAACACCAACACAUCCACCGCCACUCCACAGGGCCAGGUUCGAGGACGGCCGCCGAUUGCUACUUUCUCUGCCAACCCAGAUACAAAAGGUGGGGAAGUAGUGAAAAUAGCUCAGCUGGCGUCUAUUGCAGGGCCACAGAGCCGUGUGGCCCAGCCAGAGACACCUGUGACACUACAGUUCCAAGGGAACAAAUUCACCUUGUCACAUAGCCAGCUGCGGCAGCUCACAGCAGGCCAGCCUCUGCAGCUGCAAGGUAGUGUACUCCAGAUCGUGUCAGCCCCUGGACAGCCCUACCUUCGAGCCCCUGGCCCUGUGGUGAUGCAGACUGUGUCUCAGGCAGGUGCUGUGCAUAGCACCCUGGGGAGCAAGCCCCCAACCAGUGGCCCCAGCCCUGCACCCUUGACCCCACAAGUUGGUGUUCCGGGUCGAGUAGCAGUGAGUGCUAUGGCUGUUGGAGAACCUGGCCUGGCUUCCAAACCAGCUUCUCCUGCUGCAGGGCCAACCCAGGAGGAGAAGAGCCGACUUUUGAAGGAACGGUUGGAUCAGAUUCAUUUUAUCAAUGAACGACGUUGUUCCCAGGCUCCAGUGUAUGGCAGAGACUUGCUGAGGAUUUGUUCCCUUCCUGGAAGAAGGAAGAGGCCUUUGUGCUGGUCUUUGGAUAGCAACUUUGGGAAGGGUCCUAAAGGAGUAAACUAUGACAUGUCACUCUCAAAGAGUGAAGGUGAUCUGAUUUUGACAUUGAGUCAAGAGUCUCUUCAAGAUGUUCUUGGCAGGGUGGCCUGUGUGAUUCCUCCAGUGGUGGCUACACCACCCUCCCUGUGGGUCGCGAGGCCGCCCUCAUUGUAUAGCAGCAGGUUGAGAGCUCUGAGGCAGUGCCUGAGGGAGCACACCGGUCCUUACCACCGGCAGCUGCAACAACUAACAGCACUGCGCUCACUGCAGUUCCCGGAGCUGAGGCUGGUGCAGUUUGACUCAGGGAAGUUAGAAGCUUUAGCAAUCCUGCUACAGAAACUAAAAUCUGAAGGACGUCGGGUACUGAUUUUAUCUCAGAUGGUUCUUAUGCUAGACAUUUUAGAGAUGUUCUUGAACUUCCAUUAUCUCACUUAUGUACGGAUUGAUGAAAAUGCCAACAGUGAACAACGACAGGAGCUGAUGAGGAGCUUCAACAGAGACAGGCGGAUUUUCUGUGCCCUUCUCUCUACCCAUAGUCGUGCCACUGGCAUAAACCUUGUUGAGGCUGACACUGUGGUGUUUUAUGACAAUGACCUAAAUCCAGUUAUGGAUGCCAAAGCCCAGGAGUGGUGUGAUAGAAUUGGGAGGUGCAAGGACAUCCACAUAUACAGGCUUGUCAGUGGCAAUUCUAUUGAAGAGAAAUUGUUAAAAAAUGGAACUAAAGAUUUGAUCCGUGAAGUAGCUGCUCAAGGAAAUGACUAUUCAAUGGCCUUCUUAACGCAGCGAACUAUCCAGGAGCUGUUUGAAGUCUACUCACCUAUGGAUGAUACUGGCUUUCCUGUGAAAGCUGAGGAAUUCGUGGUGCUUUCUCAGGAACCAUCUGUCAGUGAAACUAUCGCACCCAAGAUUGCAAGACCUUUCAUAGAGGCCCUCAAGAGCAUCGAGUGUCUGGAGGAAGAUGCACAGAGGUCCACAGAGGAAGCUGUGCCUGGAUCCAGCAGUGUAGCUGUCUCCUCAGACUCAGAUGGCUCUAGAUAUGACGAGGAACCAUCACAGCUGGAGGAGCUGGCUGACUUUAUGGAACAGCUUACUCCAAUUGAAAAAUAUGCAUUGAAUUACUUGGAAUUGUUCCAUACGACCACUGAACAAGAAAAAGAGAGAAUCAGUGAGGAUUUGGUAAUGGCGUCAAUGAAGGACUGGGAAACCCGAAAUGCUAGAGCCCUGCAGGAAAGGGAGGCCCGGCUACAGCUGGAGCAGGAGGAGGCAGAGCUCCUCACCUACACUCGGGAGGACGCCUAUACUAUGGAGUAUGUCUAUGAAGAUGCUGAUGGACAAACAGAAGUCAUGCCGCUCUGGACACCACCCACCCCUCCUCAGGAUGACAAUGAUAUCUACAUUGACUCAGUUAUGUGUCUCAUGUAUGAGACCACACCCAUCCCAGAAGCUAAGCUGCCUCCUGUUUAUGUGAGGAAGGAGCGCAAGCGGCACAAAACAGACCCCUCAGCUGCAGGCCGGAAGAAGAAGCAGCGGCAUGGUGAGGCAGUUGUCCCGCCCCGGUCCUUGUUUGACCGGGCAACACCUGGUAUGUUGAAAAUCCGGCGUGAAGGCAAAGAGCAGAAGAAGAACCUGCUGCUGAAGCAGCAGACACCUUUUGCCAAGCCUCUGCCCACCUAUGUCAAGUCCUCAGGGGAACCUGCCCAGGACAGUCCUGACUGGCUCAUUGGCGAGGACUGGGCCUUGCUACAGGCUGUAAAGCAGUUGCUUGAGCUGCCCUUGAACCUCACGAUUGUGUCACCUGCCCACACUCCUAAUUGGGACCUUGUCAGUGAUGUUGUCAACUCCUGUAGUCGAAUCUACCGUUCUUCCAAGCAGUGCCGGAAUCGUUAUGAGAACGUCAUCAUUCCCAGGGAGGAGGGGAAGAGUAAGAACAAUCGUCCUCUCCGCACAAGCCAGAUUUAUGCUCAGGAUGAAAACGCCACUCACACCCAGUUGUACACGAGCCACUUUGAGCUGAUGAAAAUGACAGCUGGCAAGAGAAGCCCCCCAAUCAAGCCUCUGCUUGGCAUGAAUCCCUUUCAGAAGAACCCCAAGCAUGCCUCUGUCCUGGCAGAAAGUGGAAUCAACUAUGACAAGCCGCUGCCUCCCAUUCAAGUUGCAUCUCUCCGUGCAGAGCGAAUUGCAAAAGAGAAAAAGGCUUUGGCUGAUCAGCAGAAGGCACAGCAGCCACCAGUGACACAGCCGCCCCCUCAGCAACAACAGCAGCAGCAACAGCAGCAGCAGCAGCAACAGCAGCAGCAGCAACCCCCGCCACCUCCACAGCAGCCACCACCACCAGUGCCGCAGCCACAGGCAGCAAGCAGUCAGACACCAGCAGGGCAGCCUGCUGUCCAGCCCCAGCCCCAGCCCCAGGUCCAGACCCAGCCACAGCCUGUGCAGCCACAGUCAAAGGGGCAGCCCACAAUGACGACUGUGGGCAGUGCUGCUGUGCUGGCAGGAACCAUUAAAACAUCAGUCACUGGAACAAGCAUCCCUACAGGGACUGUAAGUGGAAAUGUGAUUGUGAACACAAUAGCUGGUGUCCCUGCUGCUACUUUCCAGUCCAUUAACAAGCGUCUGGCAUCACCUGUGGCUCCUGGAACUUUGACUACGUCUGGAGGUUCUGCUCCUGCUCAGGUGGUCCACACUCAACAACGAGCAGUUGGUUCCCCAGCCACUGCCACCACUGACCUGGUAUCCAUGACAACUACUCAAGGUGUUCGAGCAGUUACUUCAGUGACGGCCUCAGCUGUGGUCACUACCAACCUGACUCCAGUGCAGACUCCAACCCGUUCCUUAGUAACCCAGGUGUCUCAAGCCACAGGGGUUCAGCUACCUGGAAAAACCAUCACCCCUGCUGCUCAUUUCCAGCUUCUUAGGCAGCAGCAGCAACAGCAGCAGCAGCAGCAGCAGCAACAGCAGACUUCCCAGGUGCAAGUUCCACAGCUCCAGAGCCAGGCCCAAUCUCCUGCACAGAUCAAAGCUGUGAGCAAGCUAGGACCGGAACACAUCAUCAAGAUGCAGAAACAGAAGAUGCAGCUGCCACCACAGCCCCCACCACCGCAGGCCCAGCCAGGUCCCCCACAGCAACCAGCGCAAGUGCAAGUACAGACUCCACAGCCCCCACAGCAACAGCAGAGUCCUCAGCUUACCACAGUCACGGCCCCACGGCCUGGGGCUUUGCUCACAGGCACCACAGUGACCAACCUUCAGGUGGCCCGGCUUACCCGAGUCCCUACUUCUCAGCUGCAGGCACAAGGGCAGAUGCAAACUCAGACGCCCCAGCCUGCUCAGGUGGCCUUGGCAAAGCCUCCGGUGGUAUCUGUCCCAGCAGCUGUGGUCUCCUCGCCAGGGGUCACGACCCUGCCUAUGAACGUUGCAGGGAUCAGCGUGGCAAUUGGACAGCCACAAAAAACAGCAGGGCAGACGGUCGUGGCCCAACCCGUCAAUGUCCAACAGCUGCUGAAGUAUAAGCAGCAGACAGCCGUCCAACAGCAGAAGGCCAUCCAGCCACAAGUUGCCCAGGGCCAGGCUGCUGUUCAGCAGAAGCUGACCACCCAACAGAUCACUACUCAGGGCCCGCAGCAGAAGGUCGCUUAUGCUGCCCAGCCAGCCCUUAAAACCCAGUUUCUGACCACACCCAUCUCCCAGGCCCAGAAACUGGCCGGGACUCAGCAGGUUCAGACUCAGAUCCAGGUUGCAAAACUUCCUCAAGUUGUGCAGCAACAAACACCUGUGGCCAGUAUACAACAAGUUGCAUCAGCUUCUCAGCAGGCUUCUCCACAGACGGUGACGCUCACACAGGCAACGGCAGCAGGGCAACAGGUACAGAUGAUCCCAACGGUGACUGCAACAGCCCAGCUGGUGCAGCAGAAGCUCAUCCAGCAGCAGGUGGUGACGACAGCCUCAGCAUCACUGCAGACCCCUGGUGGCCCAAGCCCAGCACAGCUUCCAGCCAGCUCUGACAGCCCAAGCCAGCAGCCAAAGUUGCAAAUGAGAGUUCCUGCUGUGAGGCUGAAGACGCCCACCAAACCUCCAUGCCAGUAGGAUGGAAAUUGGUUGAUACUAUGUUAGGCUGUCCUGGCAGAACUCUAUACUGUUUGUGGACUCUGGGAUCUGCUGCCUAUAGGGUGGCUGGCUACACAGUUGUUUGACUUUGUCCUGUGUACAUGUGACAGUGGCAAUCCAUGGCAGUGCACAGUUUCUCUUAGUGUGCACAGCUCAGUACUUGGUAGGACUCCAUAUCCUACCAUUGUUGGAUACCACUACUGUUCAGCACAUGCAUUGUAGUCCUUCAGCAGGAGAGAUCCAAGUCUCUUUCCAGAGCCUCCACUCUGGUCCUCUCUCUUAAAGUGCAUAUACCCUUCUCAGUAUGGCUUUUGUUACAGGCACCCAUCUUGCCCCCGUGAACAUUAGCUUUGAUUUGAAUGAUGCUCUGGGGCUGAUACCAUCUCUGUAUAGUAAGUUUGUGUUUAGACACAUUUUACUAGGCACCUCCGUGGAUCCUUUACAGUGUUCUUGUGACAAGCUAGUGUGGGUCUCAGGUGCUGUAGCCUGGUGGAGUUGAAACCAACGUUACUUUCCCUUACUUUUCUCCUGGUCUAGGCUUAGUCUGGGAAGCCUAGUAUUUGCUUAGGAAGGCAUCAUUUGGUCCACCCCACCCCUGGCAGCACUUUAUCAAUUUCAGAUGUCAUGGCUGAACUGUUGUGCCUGUUACGGCCCAUUGCAGUUGAAGGGGUUAGUUAAAAUGAAGCCAAGUCCUAUCUGUGUUUACUCUUCUUACUAUUGCAAGGUGACUAUGCCAGAGCGGAAGGUCCAUGUUCCACAUCAGUGCUGAUGCCUGUCCUCUGGCCUGAAUUGCCUGUGCUGUCAUGUUAGCACUGCAGCCUGGAAGUGGUUGUGUUGUGUGCCAUCAUGUCUAUCCCACUGUUUGUGUCCUGUGUGGGCAGGAAUGUGACAAUACCUGAUGCCACCCAGAACUCACUUUUGAGCUCUUAAUGUGAAACAUGGGGAAAGUAGCAGGUGUUGAAAAACAGAAGAGGUCCUGUAUGCAGUCUCAUAAACAAAACCCCAUCAUUUUGUCUUGGUGUGUGCUGUGUUGGGAAGCUUUGGAGGUUCCUAGGUACCUGGUAUCUGGCUCCCAGCAGCAGCUCCUGUUCCUUGUAGAUCCAUGGGCUCCUUUGUGAACAACAUACCUUUUUCUCCAUCCUUCUCACUGUGGUGGCAGCCUUCUUCAGUGUGCCCAAGCCAUGUUUGGUGGGACCCAAAAGGCAAUGUGAGAAGCAGAGUCUUCAUUUUUGGCAGUUGCUUUUGUUUAUUUUUCAACCAGAUAGCUGUUGUGUUUUUUUAAAAAUGUAAGAAACAGGACUGAAAUUGUAAAUACUUUGUAAACACAAGCAUUUGUACUUGAAUAGGAUUUUAAAAGGACAAGAUGUCCUACUAAGCAAAGGCUAAUAAAUAACCUUUCUACACCUUU